CCGCUGCUGCUAGCCACCGACUGCUGCACCGCGUCGCUACCCGCCCAGCUCAGCGCGCGAUCUCCACAACGGCCAUGAGCGCCCUCGUCGCCAAGAUUCACCGCCCCUCGAAGCACUCCGUACGCGUGGUCGGCUGCACUAUGCUCGCCUCUCUUGCUGCUGGUCUAUUCGGGUUCGACACGGGCAGCAUUGGCGCAAUCACCGAGAUGGAAACCUUCGUGAACGACUUCGGCAAGCUUACCCCGACGGUGCGCGGUAUCACGGUCGCCGUCAUUCUUCUACCCUCGGCUAUCACGGGCAUGAUCGCGGGCAACGUCGCCGACAAAAUCUCGCGCAAGCGCAGCAUCGCCCUUGGCGCCCUCAUCUUUGCCGUCGGCUCCGCCGUCAGUGCAGCCGCGACAGCUUCUCUCGCCAUGCUCAUCGUCGGCCGUUGCAUCGCUGGUACCGGCGAGGGUCUUUUCCUUGGGUGCCUCGGCGUCUACUUGACCGAGAUCUCGCCGAGGCACCUCAGGUCGCAAAUGCUCCUCCUUCAGCAGAUCUUCUGCACCGGCGCAGUCGCCGCAGGCUUCUUUGUUUCGUACGGCACCGUGAACAUCCCCAACUCGUUCGGCUGGCGCGUCCCGUUCAUCCUGCAGACGGUCACGGCGUCUGUUCUCGCCGUCGGCGCCCUCUUCCUCCCGUACUCGCCUCGGUGGCUCCUGUCAAAAGGCCGCACCGACGAGGCCCGGCACGUCAUCGACUACCUCGUCGCCCCGAACCACGCCGACGAGCGGCGCGAGCUCCUCGAGAUCCCGGCGACGCGUACUGGGGCGCACAAGUCGCAGCUCGAGUCGCUGAUGGACAUUUGGCGACCCGGCGUGCGAGGCAGGACGAUCCUCGGCCUCGCGCUCAACAUGUUCCAGCAGUUGAGCGGCAUCGACUUUGUCCUCUUCUUCGCCCCUCUACUCUUCAACCAGGCCGGCCUCGACCCGAGCACGUCGUCGUUCAUCGCGUCGGGCUGCACCGGCCUCGUCCUCGUCGCCUGUACGAUCGCCGGCACUUUUUACAUCGACCGAGUCGGCCGCCGCAAGAUCUGGAUCGUCGGCGGAACGUGCACGGCCUUCUGCCACUAUGUGCUCGCCAUCCUUUACGCGACCGGCGUCCCGCACAAGAGCCAGGCGGGCAAGUACGCCGUCAUCGUCUUCAUCGAGCUGUUCGCCGUGUCCUUUACGAGCUCGUGGAGCAUCUUGACCAAGCUGUACGCCGCCGAGAUACAGCCUACUCGGACGCGCGCAGCAGCAACGAGUACUGGGCAAGGAGCGAAUCAGCUAAUUAACUUUGCCGUCGCGGCAUCGGGUCCGGCGUUCCUCGAGUCGUCGAGCUGGGCCUGCUACGCCUUCUACGGUACCUGCACGGCGAUCGGCGUCGUCUUUGGCUUCGCCUUCAUGUUCGAGGUCAUGGGCAAGUCCCUCGAGGACAUCGACCAGACGUUCUCCUCGAGCGCCGUCGCCGUCAGCUGGCCCAAGGUCUUCCAGGCUGCUCGCCUCACCGAGGUCCGCCAGCGCAAGAACAGCCGGUCGCAGAGCGCCAACUUGCCGGGCGAGACGCGCGCCGACCUGCGCGAGCACUUCAAGCUGCAGGCCAUCAAUGAGGGCCCCGAGACGGCUGUCGACGACUAGAGCUAUCCCUCUCCUUCCCUCUCUGCGCGCGUAUAGACGUCUUCUGGAGCUGCAUUGUGAUCGUUUCAGACCCUUU